ACUGUCAAUGUCAAAUCGAUAUUGUUUGUUAUAUUUUGUGAAGUCAACACAAAUUACUUGCAUUACAAUAUAUUUUUCGAAUUUUGUAGUGUAAUUUAUAAAAAUGAGUGAUGAAAAAUCAGAGGAUAACACGGCGAGUUUAUCUAGCGCAACGGAAACUUUAAAAAUAGAAGAUAAAGAUAAUGGUGACGCCAUGAAAUCUGAUAAAGUUAAAAUUGACAUAUUAUUGAAGGCAACGGGCAAUGCUCCGAUCAUGAAAAAAAAGAAGUGGGCCGUGGACGCAGAGAAGCCCAUCGGCUGGAUCAUGGAGUUCGUCAAGAAGUACCUGAAGCUGGAACCUGACGAGAGACUUUUCCUGUACGUGAACCAGACGUUCGCGCCGUCCCCGGACCAGAUAGUGAAGAACCUUUAUGAGUGUUUCGGCACAGACGGUAAACUGGUGCUGCAUUACUGCAAGAGUCAGGCGUGGGGCUGAAUAAAUACUUCCAUCAAUACGAUCGAAUUUACAUAUUACUAUUAGAUUUGAAAUUUAUUUAGGUGAUUUUUUGGCUUAAGAGGGAAAUAUAUCACUUUAUAGUCCACACAAAAAGAGAAAACCUUUUUCCACUUCUAUUUUCUAUUCUCCAUGAUUUUUUAGUAAUUUUUUGACACAAUGAAUCUUUGGUUGUAAUGAUUUGGGUAAUAAUUAUCACAAAAACGCAUUUUUGUGUAAUUUAAUGCCACUCCUGUCGUGCGCGGCGCGUCAACGUGAACUUUGUCGGAAUGCACGAAGGUUGACGUCUUUGGCGUUCGAAGGGUUAAAUAUCAUAAAACCGUAAUUAUAGCAACGAGUGACAAGAAAAAGUUGAUUCACACAUUUAUUUAUCAUUCUGUGUGACUCAAUUUUGGCGUGUUCAACGCUUAUUGUUUUAUUUACUUGCUUUAACCCUUUUCCCAAAAAAAUCAAAUAUAUUCCAAUUAUUCCGGCUUUGAUGAUUCAUUUGAAGACAAGUAACAUUUCCUGAAAGUGUAAUCUAAUUUGAACCUUCACUCGGAGUGCUAAAGUUGAAAUUCUAAUGGCGCGCAUGUGGUCGAUAAAUCGUACAUGCCUGGAAAAGGGUUAUCUUAAGUUUACUGAUUAUUUACAGAAUUUGGAUGUAGAUCUCAAUCCGAAUUCAAAUCCUAAAUGUCUGAUGGAAAAAGCCAAUAUAAGUUGUAAAUAUUGUUUCUUAAGCUAUUUUAUAUAUGUGAUAUGUAACUUAGUCACUAUUGUAAGAAUAUAUUUAAAUCAACA